AUGGCCCAUGCGGCAGGCACCACGCUUUCCAGGCUGGCACCUUCACCUUCAAACCUGGAAUUUCCCAUAAAGCCCUCCCUCACCUUGGUGUUCCCCCCACUUGAAUUACUUCUCUUCGUCCACCAAACUGCCUUUGCAGUCGUCAAGUGUCGGACAGCAAUCUUCACGCCUGCAAUUCUCAUUGCACAUUCUCGCUCUUUUGCUACAAAGCAUUCGCACCUUUCUUCAAUUCCUUUACUACGAUUCCUCAACAUGGACCCCUCGAACCCUGCCACACCUGCUCAGCAGGCGAUUACCAGCUUGGAGCACUUCCGACAGAUUCAAGCUGCGGAGGAGGCAGCUGCAGAGGCAGCCGCAGCCGCCAAGGGGAACACCACCGCCGCCGACUUCCCGCUCGAUCCGGCCGAGCAAAACUCUGAAGUGAAGUUCGUCCUUGGUCUUCCGAGAGAGAAGAUAGUGAGAAAGGGUUGGGAAGUUAUGGAUUAUGAUUAUAAAGUCCAACGAGGAAUCAUCCACCCUGACGCGUUCUGCCCUGAACUACCCAACUUUAUGACCAGGUGGAGGUUGACCUUGAGCACCUUUCGGAAAUCAAAGGCUGCUUGUUCCGACUUGUUCACCCUCCCGUAUUUGUGGAGGUACACGUGCAAUCCGGUUGCCGAAUUGGAGUUUGGUGGCUCGUACGAGACCAUCAACAACAUCACUACGGUCAGAAAUGCGGCAGGCGAGACCAUCGAAACGCUCAUUAAGCCUCAGAAACGCCUUCUUUCAGAGUUUCUGGACGACGACCUGGCCGCAUUUGCGAAGGCCAAGCGACAGAGAAGGGUUACCGGAUCUUCUUCAACCUUCGGAGCUACAUCUAGUAGCCCUGUCAGCGACGGCAAUGCAGUAGCGACACAGCCGGUUGAGGGUGUAGCUGGCGGAAUUUCGAAGAUAACCAGCCUAUCGCUGGUAACUCCGGAGGCAGUGGCGGCAGAAAACCUGCCAAUGAUCGAUAAGCAACUUGCUCAUCAGCAGAACCAAGAGGGAUCAGGACCUUUUAUUGUCUCCAAUGUCCUCAGCAGCCCUGAGCCCGGUUUCGCCAACUACAGCCCUCUUGACCAGUACCAGGCGCCCCAUCACCAACAGUCAUUGGACGGAGAGUUUGGCUACAACUCGCUGGAUCAGUAUCUGACUGGUCCCGAGCCCGGAGCAGAUGCCGGUCCCUUGAUGUGGGAUCAAGAGCAUCAGCAGCCCGAUGAUUUCAUGGGUUUCUUUGACCUCGACGAAUACAUCUGCCGUUCCCAACCUAUUGCUGGCAGUUCCCGAGACAAUGGUCGCAGUCAAGCUGGCGAGGGAUCUGAAUCUACGGAUCAGUCCAAGAACUAG